GCCAGGGUCACCGGUUUUGGGUUGAAAGAAAGGAAGAAAAGUAAAAUCCUCCAUCAUGGCGAUCGAUAUGAGCAAAGUAAAAUUCGUCCAGGUUGUCGACGAUCCCGCGGAUUACGACGACGAUGCCGCCAUGGAAGAUGCCGCGGAACCACAAUCACAAGAUGAGAGCAAUGGCGGCAACAAGAACGUGAUGGGAAUUCUUUCCAAAUCCUGGACGGUGGCGUCUGCCCACGUGCCAACCUUUACCGGCGGAAAGGUGACCCAUUCGUACCACAACACGGCUCAGAAAUCAAGCAACGACGACCCCGACGAGAUCCAAAAAAUGAACGAGAAUCCCUUCUUGUUGCUGCCGGUGCACGGCGACGUCGCCCUUGUGGACGCCACGAAAGGAAUAAAGCUUGGAACGGUGCGGGGCGGAAGCGGGGCCGACGCCGAGGGCGGAUACACCGGAGGAGAAGGCGACGAUGACGACGAGGAAGACGGCGUAGACCAAGACAGCAUCAUGGCGUACGCGCUGGACCACGGAAACCGAUUCAUCGUGACGUGCUCCCGCAACAACCUUCUGCGUCAAUAUUCCGUGGUGCGAGCUAUAGAAGAGAAAGAACUGAACGAAAUGGACGAGAUCGACGAAGCGGACGACGACGAUGACAAAAAGAUGACGACAAAAACACAGCUCGUGCACACCUGGGGUAGGUCGGGGCAUACCUUGCCCKUAUCGGUAAUGGCCUACCACGAUUCCGAUAUAUUUCUGGCCACGGGGUCCAUAGACGGGACAGUGAGAAUCUGGGACACCCGGGGACGAUACGUAACGCACGUCUUUCGGCCACUGACGGGCGGAAGUUCCGGAGAAGCACUGGGCGGGGGCCGGUCGGGGGUAUCGUCCAUCAAGUGGAUGCCGGGGACAGAAAAGUUGAUCGUAGCAAUCGGACGGGAAGAUGGAAGCAUCUCGAUCCACGAUUUGCGAGAUCCCAUGACGGACCUGGAUCGCGUUGUGGUUCUGCGGGAUCAUCUCAGUGCGGUCACGUGCAUGGACUGGUGGGGAGACGAAUUCUUUGUGACCACGGGUCGCGAUGCCAUUUUGAAUUUAUGGAGAAUAGUUAUCGUGCCGGCCGAGGCCGGGGAAGGAGGUAAUGCGAGGCAAAAGAAAAAGAACAAGCGCAAGAACAAGAACAAAACUGCGACUGCGGGUCCACCCAAAGAUCGAGUGACCUACCGACGCAUCCAAACCAUCCCGGUGUACGAGCAAAUAGAGGGCAUGGUCGUUUUGUCUCCCGAUUUUUCCGGUGAGAACGAAAUCCGAAUCAUUAUAGCCGGUAGCAAAGGGUCUCUUCGACGCUGGAAAGCGGAAGUCGUUCAGGGUCAAACUCCCGAGCUUGUCCAGACGCUACAGCAACCAGCAUCUCAGUCUUUUGGACAAGAUCGGGGAGGUUACAUGGGAUUGGUUCUCAAUCACACCACGGUGGCUAAUGGAACUACAGAUGAGCUCUUGAUUGCUGUCGAUGCCGAGCACAAUCUGUCCUUUGUGGAUCACGCGCUUUCGCUAAAUCGUACAAUAGUGGGACACAACGAUGAAAUAUUGGAUUUGAAAACCAUUCCCUCUCAGAGUCGUUCCUCAAAUUCCAUCGUUGUAGCCACCAACAGCCCACAGGUCCGGGUCUUUGAUCUAGAAAACUUUUCUUGCUCGGUCCUCGAUGGUCAUUCCGCAACCGUUCUCUGUGUGGACGCAAGCCCAUGUGGAAGAUACCUUGCAAGCGCUGGAAAAGACAAGACACUUCGCCUGUGGGCUACCGAUACGCACCAGUGCGUGGGUAUCGCGGAGGGACACAUGGAGCCUAUUGGAGCAUGUGGGAUGUCGCAAAAAGUCGGCCGAUACGAAGUUGGUGGAAAGGCUGCUCGCAACGGAGGUGGAGCCUUUUGCGUGACCGCCAGUGUCGACAAGACGCUAAAACGAUGGAAUCUACCGGGCCCAGACGACUGGGACGACGACGCUCCUACGGAACUAGAAGCUGCAUUCAGUGUUCGGGGCCACGACAAAGACAUCAACAUAAUAUCUAUUGCUCCAAACGACUCCGUCGUGGCAUCUGGUUCCCAAGACAAAACGGUAAAGCUUUGGAACGCCACGGAUUUAGCACUGAAAGCCACUCUGAAAGGUCACAGAAGAGGUGUGUGGGACUGUCAGUUCUCACCGAUAGAUCGUGUGUUGGCCACGAGCAGUGGUGACAAGACGAUCAAACUCUGGUCCCUGUCGGAUUAUUCUUGCGUUAGAACCUUCCAGGGGCAUUUGUCGAGCGUCUUGAGGGUUCGAUUCCUAUCGACCGGUUUGCAACUGGUUUCCUCGGGGGCCGACGGGCUGAUCAAGCUUUGGACGAUCCGCACAAACGAAUGCGAGACAACUCUGGACGCGCAUUCGAACAAGGUAUGGGCCAUGGACCUUGCAAACGGCAGCGAUGGAGAUUUUGUGGUGAGCGGUGCCGCCGACUCGAAGCUCCUAGUAUGGGAAGACACCACGGCACAAAUAGAGGACGAAGAACGAGCUCAGGAAGCAGAACGAAUUCUGUUGGACCAAAAAAUGGUCAAUCACUUGCGCCACAAGGAAUACGACAAAGCCCUGGAUAUUGCAUUGCAGGUCGAUAAACCGAGGCAAACACUGAAAAUUUUGACGGCGCUGCUCGAGAACGAAAUUUCUUCCUCGAAGCGCAAGGAAGGGAAACGGCCCGUCACGAUAUUACAGAAGCACGUCGCCAAGUGGGACCUGGAUCGAAUUGGCCAGGUCUUGAAAUACUGCCGGGAAUGGAACACCCGUGCGCGGAAUUCGUCGUUGGCAAUGUGGGUACUUCAAGCUAUCGUCACUACAGUAACCGUGGACCGACUCACAUCGAAAGAAGCUAUGGACACAAAGCACGGUAACAUCCCAGAAAUAAUGGCGGGCAUGACUCCCUACGCAGAGCGACACUUCGAGCGAGUCGAUCGUUUGCACACCAGUUCAUAUCUCCUUGAUUUUGUCCUCGCGAACAUGUCAUCUCUGGAUCCGAUWCUAGGCACCUCGAUGGAUGCAAAGGAUACCGACAUCGAAGCAGAAUUUGCUCUUUGGGAGGCCAAGAGCAAGCCGGUUUUGCCACCGAAAUACAUCGAUGGUCGCAUCCAGAUGGGUGGCAAAGACAUAGUGGGUGGCAAAGCAAAUACCGUUCAGAAUAGUGACGAUGAAGAAAGUGAUGUCGACGACGACAGCGAUGCGGUCAUGACAGUCGGUGAUAGCAGCUCAUCGGAAUCUGAGGACGACAACAGCGAAGACAACAGCAGCUCAAGCGAUGAGGAAGAGUGAUGGCGAUUUGCCAUAGCGCAACUAAGGCUUCUCUUUCUUUCCUAUAGACGCAAUGAAAUUAUUUUUGCUCUCGUCUAAUCGCUCAGUAAAUGUAAAGUUGCAUC